GGUAUCGGAUAUGCUAUGAUUAUAGCAGCAGCAUUGGUCGCCAUUUACUAUAAUAUGAUUAUAGCUUAUACAAUAAAUUAUCUGUUUGAUUCAUUCCGAAGCGAUAUGCAAUGGCAAUAUUGUCAUCACGACUUCAACACUGAAAAUUGUUUUAACGAUUUGGAUUAUAAGUCCUGCAAAAGUAAUGACAAUUCCAGUGUCUUCUUCAAUCGAACCUGUUUCAAUGGAACGUAUGCUGCUUUAAUGAAUAUCACCGAGGCAAACGAAACUUUAAGAGUGGCUCCUGCUCAAGAAUAUCUUAAUAACUAUAUUUUGGAUCGAUCAGAAGGAAUUGAAAAUAUGGGAUACAUUAAAUGGCAAUUGCUGGUCAGCUUGCUUGUUGCUUGGAUUAUUGUUGUAAUUUGUCUCAUUAAGGGAAUUAAAACAUCAGGAAAAGUUGUAUACUUCACUGCAACAUUCCCGUAUGUUAUAUUGAUCAUCUUAUUCAUAAGAGGCAUUACAUUAGAAGGAGCAGUUGACGGAAUUAUCUUUUUCAUAAAGCCUGAUUUUCAAAAACUAGGUGAUAUUCAGGUAUGGAAUGAUGCCGCUAUUCAAGUUUUCUAUUCAUUUAGUAUAGCUGGAGGCGGAAUGAUAACUUACGCCAGU